AUGGCCAUGCGUCCAUCAAUGUGGGCGGCACUCUUGCUGCCUGUGCUGGUUCUCGCCGAUAGCCUGGCUCUCCAGCCGCCCGCGACAGGCUGCCAGACGAGCUGCGGCGGCGUGGACGUCCCCUUCCCGUUCGGCAUCGGACCCGGCUGCUUCCUGCCGGGCUUCCAGAUCGAGUGCAUCAACGGUAGCACGCCGAUGCUCCCGGACGAUAGCUACGAAAUCAAGGUCCUGAACCUGAGCGUGAUGCCGCGACCGGAAGCCCGGGUGAUGCUGCACAUCGCGUUCCAGUGCUACGACACCACCGACGGGUCCGCCAAGGACGGCGCAUCUUUUAGAAGCGCCGUGAUCAAGUCCGCGUACCGCAUCUCCGACACGAGGAACGAGCUCGUCGUCCUCGGCUGCACCACCUUCGGUUUCACCAGCAGCGGGCCGUGGGGGCGCCGCGAUUCCAGCUUCGCCAGCGGGUGCUUGGCCUACUGCGACAACGACGGGAGCGCCAUGGACGGCUCUUGCGUGGGCAUCGGCUGCUGCCGGGUCGAAAUCCCGCCGGGGCUCACCGACAACACCGUAUUCUUUUUGAAUGACAGUGCCAGCACUUGGUCGCACCAGGGCCUGGGCUUCAGCCCCUGCGACUACGGAUUCAUGGUGGAGAAGAACACCUACGACUUCCGGGUGUCCGACCUCAAUAUGGACGGGAGCUCCACCACCAAGCCGCUGGUGCUCGACUGGGCGAUCCGCAGCAGCAACGUCAGCUCCUCCGUCGACAACAUGACCUGCACCGAGGUGAAAGGCACGCCGGAGUACGCCUGCCUCAGCGACAACAGCCAGUGCCUCAACUCCACCAAUGGCCCCGGCUACAUCUGCAAUUGUACCCAGGGCUACUGGGGCAACCCAUACCUUAUCGGCGGAUGCAAAGGCAUCAGUCUAGGACUAUUCGUACUUAUUGUCGCGCUGCUUCUAGCAUUCAUUAUGCUCCAAAAGAGAAGAUUGGAUGACCUUUUUGAAAAGAAUGGAGGUGAGAUGCUUAAAAAUGUGAAAGGUCUCACAAUUUUCACAAAAGAUGGACUAAGCAAAAUCACAAACGAUAACGAAGAGUUUAUUGGAAAAGGUAACUUUGGCAAUGUUUACAAAGGAACUCUUCCUGACAAAACCGUGGUAGCAGUCAAGGCCUCUAUCAAGGUAGAUGAAGCUACAAAGGCGGAAUUUGUUCAAGAAGUUGAGAUCCAGACACAUAUGAUCCACAAGAACAUCCUUAAGCUUAUUGGUUGCUGCCUGGAGGUGGACGUUCCAAUGUUGAUCUAUGAGUUCGCAGCAAAUGGUAGCCUCCAAGAAGUCCUACAUGAUAAAAAGAAUCAAGUACUCUCCUUAGACUCACGUUUGGACAUUGCAAUUGGCUCUGCAGAAGGGUUAAAAUAUAUGCAUAGUUAUGCAACUCAAUCCAUAAGACACGGUGAUGUCAAGCCAGACAACAUACUUCUUGAUGAAAAUUUGACACCAAAAAUCUCGGAUUUUGGGUUGUCCAAACUACUGAAAGAAGAAUAUGUCGCGAAGGUUGUGGUUGGGUGCAUGGGUUACAUAGACCCGGUAUUCAUGAAAACUGGCCUUUUGACACAAAAGAGUGAUGUGUACAGUUUUGGGGCAGUUUUGUUGGAGAUUAUUACAGGGAAGAGAAAUGUGUAUGACCAGAAACGGAGUCUAAUUAUUGAGUACCGCAAAGUUUAUGAAAAUGAAAAUCGUGGGACACCCAUGUUCGACAUUGACAUUGCAACAGAAGAAAAUAUCUCAACCCUUGAACAAAUUGGCAAGCUAGCAAUAGAUUGUCUAAAGGAAGACAUAGAAGAUCGGCCAGAUAUGACAGAGGUUGCCGAACAACUUGUGAUGAUAAGGAGAAACAAGAAGUCCAUAGACAAUACGAAUGCUGACAAUUGGGAACAUUACCAGAUAUAA